ACCCCAGAAAUAUGUGAUCAUUGUUCAUUUAUUACUGGUGCACGCAGGAUGCGUCGCAUUGAAAAUGCUGUUUAGUCUCGUGGCGUCGCUUGUUUGUGUCUGUUAAAUAAAUAACGCGUGUAUGGAAACGUAAGCGUUGCCGAUGUGUUGACGCUGAUGACCUUGCGAUGUUUUCGGAGCUGUAAGGUAAAAGAUGAUGUACACUCCAGCAGUGGCUGAUGCCGGUGUGACAGUGGUGGAGAAAGAUGCGACUCUGAGCAGCGCUUACUCACCCGUGGACUACAUGAGCAUCACCAGCUUCCCUAGACUGCCAGAAGAUGAUGCUCUCUCAUCAGACAACACCCUGAAAUCACGCAAAGACGAUGAUAACUUCCUCAGCGAGCAGGACACAGAUCCUGAUCUGUUUCUGAAGUCAGCUCGGCUGCAGCGACUGCCCUCUUCUGCUUCGGACUUGGCAAGCCAUAACGUCUCUCCACUGAGAGAGACCACCAGAGACCCAUUGGCACAAGAUUGCGCGUGUACACGAGAUAGCCUCACCGUCAUCAUCACCUCCUGCUUGACCUUCGCAACUGGGGUCACUGUGGCGCUCAUAAUGCAGAUCUACUUUGGGGAACCACAGGUGUACACUCAAGCCGCAGUAGUAACGGAUGUGGCGCGCUGCACGUCUCUGGGCUUUGACGUGCUGGGCAAGCAAGGAUCAAGUGUAGAUGCUGCCAUAGCCGCCUCUCUCUGCCUGGGCAUUGUUCAUCCCCACACCUCAGGCAUCGGCGGUGGUGGCGUGAUGCUAGUCCAUGACAUCCGUAAGAAUGAAAGCCGAGUCAUUGACUUUCGUGAGACCGCACCGUUUGCCAUCCACAAGAACUUGAUGUUCAAUGUUAGUCAAAGGUCAGGUCUGUUAGUGGCCACUCCGGGCAUGCUCAGUGGACUACAUCAAGCUCAUCAGCUGUAUGGAAGAAUGCAGUGGAAAGAGCUUGUCACCACGGCUGCGGAUGUCGCCAGGAAUGGAUUCAACGUUACGCACGAACUGGCUGAUGCGUUGUCUAAACUGAAAGGCCAAAAUGUGUCGGAAACCUUCAGAGAUAUCUUCCUGCCGAACGGGCAGAGUCCACUCUUCAUGAGACGUCCGGAUUUAGCUGACGUUUUGGACAAGAUUGCAGCCAAUGGGAUCUCAGAGUUCUACCGUGGGAAUCUGACACAGGAGAUGACGUCUGUGGUUCAGGCGAAAGGAGGUGUGCUGAAAGAGGAAGACUUUAGAAACUACAGCACCAUCCUACAGAAGCCACUGCAAAGUCUUUAUCAAGGUCACCGGGUAUUGGCCGCUCCUCCGCCCCACGCGGGAGCCGCUCUGCUCUCCGCUCUAAACAUCCUGGAGGGAUAUAAUAUCACAAACCAGGUGCCGAGGAACAGACUUCACCACUGGAUCGCUGAGUCUUUGAAGAUUGCCUUGUCCCAGGCUAGUGGACUUGGGGACCCGAUGUUUAAUGCUUCCGUCUCAGAUGUUGUGGCACAGAUGCUCAGUAAAAGUCAGGCUUCCCUGUUCCGUCAAAAGAUCAACGACUCACGUGCGUCUCUCGCCAAAAAUUACGUGACGUCGUACAAGCUGCAGGACGGUGCCGUGGCUAGCCAGGUGGUGAUUAUGGGCACAGACGAUUUGAUAGUAUCUGUUAUGAGCUCACUGAACCGGCCUUUUGGAAGCUACAUUGUGACGCCUUCCGGGAUCCUUCUUAACAGUCAGAUUCUAGAUUUCUCCUGGCCCAAUAAAACCCAUGACUCGGCGGAGUUAAAUCCGCUUAACAUCGUUGAGCCAGGGAAGAGACCCGCCUCCUUCUUGAUGCCCAUUACAGUGAGACCCUCCAUUGGCCUGUGUGGCACUUACAUCGCCCUGGGUUCCUCUAACGCUGACCGGGCCCUUAGCGGCAUCACUCAGGUUUUAGUUAAUGUUCUAUCAUCACGCAAAAACAUGAGCGACAGUCUAUCUUACGGCAGGCUCCAUCCUCUCAUACAAACCAACACCCUCCUGGUAGACUCUAAAUUUUUACAGGCCGAUGUGGAGUCUCUCACAAAGUUGGGCCAUAAGGUGGAGAAGGUGGACAUCAUCUCACUGGUAGAAGGAACCAGGAGAACCAAUGACCUGAUCAUAGGUGUGAAGGACCCUCGCAGCACUGACGCCUCUGCUCUGGCCAUGUCUAUGCCCUAGAAUCCAUCACAUAUCCUGCUCUGUGUGCACUGGUUACAUGUAUCGUUUGUGACAUAAUUGAUCCAAGCUGCUAUCGCUGCCACAAAUGCAUAUAGAAACAUGCACGUGAUGUGUCUACUUGUUCAAUACAGCAAGAUUUCAGCUUGGUUUUUAUUUUUUACUCAAACAAUUUUACAACUACAAUUCAUGUCACUAUAUGUUACAAAGGAACGAUUUUAAUUUAAGCACGUAUAGGACACAUACAGUACCUGUCAGACGUUUGGAAACACAAACUUGAUUCAUUUCUAUAGCUGAUGUUAUUUUUAUUAAACAUAUAAUCAAAUAGCACUCUUCCAUUAAAUAUAUACAAUUUCAAUUGUACUGUAGGUGCAAUUACAUCAUAUUUGUUCAAAAUCCUAAUCUGAGGAACAAACUCUUGUCAAAUAAAUCCAAACAUUUGACAGGUACUGUAUGCUUAUAAUGAUUAGUUCCUCCAGGAUUAUGUAGACUAUUAGAAAGGUUUUUCAAGGAGUGGGCAUUUUUACUUAAAUUAAGGACCUUUACAAACGCUACUUGAAAGUUUUAACGUUGCAUAUUAUUUAUUGAUGAUUCUGGGUUUGGGUUUAUUUAAUAGUUGUUUUUUGUUACCAUAGUAAAUAGUCUUAACGGUAAAUUGAUAGAUAAAAGUUCCAGCAUUCAAUGGAGAAAGUUAACAUGAAGGGAAGAAGCUAACAAAGUGUAUUAAAAAACAUGAGGCCUUAAGGGUACAUUAUGGGAAUAGGAUGGAUUUGCUUGUAAUGUCAGACGAAACCUUUGUGUGCAAUACAAUAUCAGCAUAAUUUCUUCCUUGAGCGCAAUUGUGUUAAUACAGUACUUUAAUCAUUUUUAAAAGGACACAUUGUUGCGUGCUGUAUCAUGAAUGUAAAAACCGUGUAAUGAAUAUUUGAAUAGUGUGCAGUACUGUUGUUUUUCUCCCGAGUGACAAUUCUGUUUAAUUCUGCGUUCCAGACAUGCCAUGAGUUUCCAAUAAAUAGGCACUUUGUGUAUUUCUUGUGUC